AUGUCCGACUACGAAAAGUACGAUUUGGGUGACUUCAAGCUCCAAGGUGGCGGUGUACUACCUGGAGCCUGGAUUGCAUACAAGACCUUUGGUGACAGCGGAUCUCCGGCAAUCCUUUACCCUUCGUGGUAUUCUGGUGCUAUAGGGGACAACGAAUGGCUGAUAGGUGAAGACAAGGCUCUGAACCCAAAGAACUUCUUCAUUAUUAUAGUCGCGUUGUUUGGUAAUGGCCAGUCUAUAUCACCCAGCAACUCAGACAUAUCGCCUUUUCCGAAUGUAACGUUCUACGACAAUGUCAAAGCCCAGUACCAACUGGUGACACAGAAGCUCAAUAUCAAUCAUCUGCGAAUGGUCACCGGAUGGUCCAUGGGUGCCGGACAGACUUUUCAAUGGGCAACACAAUAUCCGGAUUUUCUGGACAUCGCGGUACCGUUCUGCGGCUCGGCAAAAACGUCGAUCCAUAAUCAGGUAUUCUUGGAGGGAGUCAAAUCCGCUCUGUUGGCAGCAAAGGGUGUCUCCUCAGCAGGAAGUACAUUUGGCAGAGCCGAGUCUGCAGGUUCCGAGAAACGAACCUGGACAGAAGAAGAGAGAACGGUCGGACUGAAGGCCUUUGGAAGAGGAUAUGCGGGCUGGGGAUUUAGUCAAGCAUUCUAUCGACAUAAACUCCACGAGAAGAAUUAUGGUGCCAAAGACCUUGAGGAUUUCAUGGUCAAUUUCUGGGAAGCCUGGGCCCUGAGCAAAGAUCCGGAGAAUCUGCUGGUUAUGUUACACACCUGGCAAGCAGGAGAUAUUAGCAAACAGGAGCCUUAUAAUGGCAACUUUGAAAAGGCCCUGGCAAGUAUCCAAGCCAAGACUCUGGUCUUGCCGAGUAAAACAGACUUGUAUUUCCCGCCAGAAGACUCUGAAUACGAGGUUGAAAACAUGUCUCCUGGAAUUGGAACAUUGGAUGUCUACCCAUCUAUCUGGGGACAUUGGGCAGGUGGGCCGCCCGGAAACCAAGAUGAUGUGAAGUGGCUAGACGAGAGGCUCGCCAAAUUACUCGAGGAGGCACCCUUGUUGGAGAAGAAGGAGCCUUUGGUCGACAGGACAAAGAGUUGA